GAGCUGGUAUGAAUUCCCACAAGCCAAAUUCAAAUUAAUAAAAAGUUUCUCCAAUGGAAAAUGUAUCUAAUGAUUUUCGUCAUCGGCGUUCUUUACUGAGAAAAUUGCAGCUGCUGAUUUAUGAAUUUGAUUAACGAUAGGAAAAGUGAUAUCUCUUUGAACGACAACUGUGGCCGCUUUCGUGUAGUUUUAAAAUAAUAUAUCAAAUGCAGAUUCAAUAAUGAUGAAAUUGCUAAGACAUUACAGUUUUUCUUUGACAUAUUGACUAAUGGAUAUCGAGAGAAUAGUUGUUUCAAUUUUCUACGUAUUGUUACCACAUGCAAAUAUCAACGAGCAUUGAUUAUCUAGCUAAAAAAUUGGGACUACUUCAUCCAAUUUCUUUUGUAGAGACGGCAUUGUACACAUGUGCCCAAAGCGUAGAUGUGAUAUGUAAAGAAGUACAUAAAACAGAUUGAGUAGAAAGGACGUAUCUUUGAAGAUGCAACGGUGGGGAAAAUUUAGGUCACCUGUCUACGUCAUCUUGACUUUGAAAGGUUGAGCAACAACGACUCCAGCAUGCAUGGAUCGUGUUUAUCUAACGAUAAUACUUUCUAUUUCGAUCAUGUGAUUAUUUGAUAGUACCAGAUUGCUCAACAUUCUCCAGCCAACAAACGAUACAGUUGUGAAUCGUAGAUAAUAAGGUGGGCUGGCCAAAACGCGUGUAUAUAAGUCGAUGCAUCGAGAGCACUCUAUAUCAUUCAUCAUCAUUAUCAUCAUGCUUCAAUUGGCCGUCGUCUUGAUCAAUCUCCUUCUAUUUGUCAGCUGCAGCAAUGAUCUUCGUGGGUUACAGAACACGUGGCAUCCGAGCUUUGGCGCUAAAAUUUACUCUCUAACCGAUGGAUGGGAGUAUGCUUCGGCGACAGGAGCAAGGUUUGGAGGGGUUGCAAAAUCUGAACGAGACGUAUCAUGGGACAUUACGCGUCUGAAGGAAGUGAAGUGUAACAUCGUAGCGGCGGGUAGAUUGACGGGAAUCGAUCCAGCUAUUCUGGCCGCCAUUGCUAGUCGAGAGUCUGGAGCAGGUUUACGACUUAAUUCUAGGGGAUACGGCAAUUCAUUUUCGACAAAGUAUGGAUACAUGCAGUUGGAUACAAGGCGUUACUAUGUUGACACAUCAGAAGGGCCUAAUGGUCUGGCAUACUUUGAUCAAGCUGCAGAAGAGUUGAGGUCUGCAAUAAUAUACGUCGAAACCAAGCGCCCCUACUGGGAAAAACCAAUGCAAAUCAAGGGAGGAAUAGCUGCUUACGACGUCGGCAUCAACAACUAUAGUGUGUCGGCGGCAAGUACCAUUGACAUUGGAACAACUAAUCACGACUAUUCUAAUGAUGUCUUAGCUCGAGCAAAGUACCUCAGAAGCAAGGGAAUAUUUUAGCUAAAACUUUUUGCUCGUAGCACCGACGGUAUUACAAUUAGAGUGUGCAAAGAAGGCAAACAAGCAAUUUUUUCUUAUUAAGAUAUAGAAAUCAGUUGCAUUUGCAUGAGUAGAGGUGUGUGUACUGUGGAACAGCAUUAUUAUUAAUGAGCUCUGAAA